AUGAUGAUGUCCGGCUCUCCUAUGGCUGGGUUGGCUCCCUACUCACCCUUCAUGAUGGAGCCGAUGGUGCCGGGGUAUGGGUCCCUAGGCAGGACGGGCUCGCUGUGCACGGCGGCCGACGUGGUCGGCGAUAUGAGCCGCAGCAGCGGCAGCGGCAACGGCAUACUGCACCGCAGCCCCGGGUCGCCCGGCGAGCUAGCCACCAGCCCCCUGACAGCGUCGGAGAUGAUGCUCGGCGCCUCGCUGUUCAGCAGCAGCCACCCCAGCAACGCAGGGCAGCACAGCAGCGGCAGCAGCCACCACGGGGGGCUGGCCGUGCACAGCUCUUCCUCGGACACCGGCUACUUUGGCAGCUCUGCAGGGCUCCCACCCCUGGGGGCCCCCGCCGCCGCCGCAGCCGCGGCCGCCGCGGCCGUGGCCGCGCUCGGCAUGCCCGGCGGCCUCCAGGCUGCCAGCGACGCCGCGGCUGCCGCGCAGCUGCCGCCGUACUACUAUGGUGCCGGCGGCGGGGGCGGCGGCGGCGCGGGCGGUGGCGCCCUGCCGCCCCCGCUGGGCGGCGCGCUGUCGCAGCACGCGGCCGCGAUGGCCGCGGCGGCUGCGGCCGUGCACCACCAACAGCAGCAGAGCCUCAACAGCGCCUUUGGCGGUGCGGCGAGCGGGCUGCCCCCCUACCUCCAGUCCUUCACCUCCGCCGCGGCGCUGGAGGCGGCCGCGUACCGCGAUGCGGCGGCGGCGAGCUCGUUCGCGCGCCACCUGGAGCAGCGCGCGGCGCUGGAGCAGCAGCUGACCGCCGCGGCCUCGAGCGGGCUGCUCGGCCACGGCCUGUCCGGCCCGCUGGGCGCCGCCGUCGCCGCGCACGCACAGGCGCAGGCCCAGGCCCAGGCGCAGGCGCAGCAGGCGGCCAGCAUGCUGCACGCUCAGCAGCAGCACCUGCAGGCGCAGCAGCAGGCGGCCGCGGCGGCGGCGCUCAGCGUGGCGGCCGCCAACGCGGUCAGCGGCAUGCCACUCGCGGCGCAGAUGGGGCGGCUGCGCGUGGCGCACAGCGCUGACCUCAGCACCCUUGGGGGCCACUUGGACCCCCUACAGCUGAUGCAGCAGGCGCAGCAACCGAGGCCUAGGUGUGUGUAUGGGGGGGUGUCGCAGCCGCACAGGACAGGCCGCGGGCGGUUGCAGGCGCCCUCGCGCGGCGGCCGUACGCGCCCCCACCUGCCUGGGCGCGCAGUCGCCUGA